AUGAAUUAAGACACGACCAAUGUGAUUUUAGUUGUGAUUACUAACAAAGCUAAUAAAACUCUCGGACAUGACAAAUAUUUCAAAGUAUUCAGUCAAUUCGGCACCAUCCAAAGAGUAAGAAUACUUUAACUUUAUAUAGAUGCUCAUUUUCGAAAGAUCAUUAACAUGGAAGACAUUUAUUGAAUUUGAUAAUCCAGAAUCCGCUAUUAAAGCAAGAUAAGCUAUGAAUGACAAGCCUUUUUGUGAUGAUACAUAAUUAACAAUGAAUGUAUAUGCAAGCAAGCUUACCUACAUCACAUUUUAAGAGAACAAUACUGGGGGAGUUGGUAAAUUCAUAAGUUUACAUAGAUUAUACCUUAUUACGUAAGUAAUAAUAGCCAACCUCAAAACCACCAUAAUAGCCCAUCCCAAUAUAGUUCCUAUAAUCAUAAAUGCAAUUUCAGCAUCAAAUGUCCUAAUAGAUACAAUAAAUCAAUUCUUUGAUGGGAUAAUUAUAGUAGGUAAGUGCUGAAGGAUUUUCUACAACUAUGAUUACUUCAACUGACUUAUAGACAUAAAUAGAAAAACAACAGUAGUUGCUUAAUUAAAUAUAUGAAUAUCAAGCUAAUUUUUAAAAUCUUACAGAUUAGUAUCAAAAUUUCUUGUAAGGUGUUAAUAAAUAAGAAGAAACAUAAUCUAACAGUAUCUAAUCAAAACAAUCAAAUCGAAAGAAACUAACUUUGCCAGCAGAUUAAAAGAAGAAAACUGAUUAAAUAGAAUUUAUAUAAAGUUAUAGAGAAAACAAUACAGAGAGCUUAUUUAAUAGCUAAGAAUAGAAGAUUGAUGAUGAUGAUUUGAAUUUCUAAGGAUUGGGUUUAAGAGAAUCAGAUGAUGAAAUUGCAGGAUCUGAAAAUUGUGAUGAUGAGGAUGAUGAUGAAGGAGAUGAUGAAUAAAAUGAAUUCCUUAAAUACUUUGAUUAAAAUUCUGACAAUAGAUAAAUUCAUAAUUUCUAAAAUGCUUUUCAAAAUAAUGACAAACCAUAAUAAUAAUUUUAAUAAUAAUAAUAAUAAUAAUAAUAAUUUAUAUCCCAAUAAUAAUCAAACCAAUCCUAAACUUCAUCUUAACCUAACUCAGCUUCUAAUUUGGACUAAUUUAAAAAUAAAAUUAUUAGGAUGCCUGUAUCAAAAAGUUAGACCUUGCAAUAAGUAGAAAAAUAAUAAUUAGAUAAAAUGCAAUAAAGUGCUGAUAAAAUUGAAGAAUACAUUAAUCCUAAAUUUUUACAAUGUAUUACUAUAUUUAAUACAAUAGCUGUGAGAAAAUCAAGAGUUAUAUAUGCAAGAUGGUUUGAUAAAAAAGUUGUGACCUCUCAAAUGCUCUAUAACUUAUUUAGUAUCUAUGGUAACAUUGAUAAAAUGAUCUACUUAAAGGAAAGGUCAAGUGCUCUUAUCUAAUAUGUAACUUAGGAUCAUGCUGCUAUUGCUAAAGAAUCCCUUAAUGAUAUAAUGUUUUAUGGACAAUCCAUUAAAGUAAUCAUAUUAUUGAUUUUUAGAUCUUUUUUUCAAAUUAUGAAGAAAUUUAACUCAAAACACAACCAACAAAACCUGGAGAAUUCACUUAAGAUAUUAAAACCCAAGAAGAGUAUUUUUAAGGAGGAGAUGAAACACAUAGAAUCAAACCUGAUAGCACAUAUACUUUAGCCCCUCCUUGUGAUACAAUAUAAGUAUCAAAUUUAACAAAAAAUUCAUGUCAAAUCGCUGUUAUUUAACAAUACUUAUAAGAUUAUGGAUAAAUUAGAUAGUCCAAGUUAGUCACUAAUGCUACAAAGUACAUGGCCAUUCUCAAGUACGCAAGCACAGAAGUGGCUAUAACUGUUUUGGCUAAAAAUAAUGGAUUAGAACUAGAUGGUAAGUAAAUUUAAAUAAAUUUCUCAAAACAAAAACUCAUAUGA